ACUGAAGACUUCCAUUGCAGUGGAAGGUUGGGGGCGGGGAAUGUAGCCUCAUUUCCACUGCUUUGGGUACUAUGUUGCGCUCUUAUUCGAGACUUAGAUGACUAUUCCAACACUUGUACCGUAAUUACUGUGAUGUAAUACCCCACAGCUGGAAACUUAGAGGCAAGCUGGUGCGCUCGUAAUAGAAGACUCAAUUCUUUCUCUUCCGUCUCUCGCUCAUUACGUCAUUCAGGGAAAGAAUGGAUAACCAAUCCCGAGCCCCGAAAGACCCUCGACCCUUUUAUGCCCCGCCCUUCCUCCAACGUGUCUUGAUCUUGCAUUCUGAGAGGCUAUCGCUCAGCUGCAAAGGCCAGUUUCCUUGGCGACAGAAAGCGCGGGAAUUACAGAUAAAUUGAAACUGCGACUGCGCGGCGUGAGUUCUUCGAGACUUUCUGGAUAGUCCAUCCCCGGAGCUUUCUCAGAUAUCUGGGCCCCUGGGCCCGGGAAACUUGGAUGCUUUGCUCUGGUUCAAUGGAACAGAAAGAAAUGGAUUUAUCUGCAGUUCGUGUUGAAGAAGUACAAAAUGUCCUUAAUGCUAUGCAGAAAAUCUUAGAGUGUCCAAUUUGUCUGGAAUUGAUCAAAGAACCUGUUUCCACAAAGUGUGACCACAUAUUUUGCAAAUUUUGUAUGCUGAAACUUCUCAACCAGAAGAAAGGGCCUUCGCAGUGUCCUUUGUGUAAGAAUGAUAUAACCAAAAGAAGCCUACAAGAAAGUACAAGAUUUAGUCAACUUGUUGAAGAGCUAUUGAAAAUCAUUCAUGCUUUUGAGCUUGACACAGGAUUACAGUUUGCCAACAGUUAUAACUUUCCAAAAAAGGAAAAUAACUCUCCUGAACAUUUAAAGGAAGAGAUUUCUAUCAUCCAAAGUAUGGGCUACCGAAACCGUGCCAAAAGACUUCGAGAAAGUGAACCUGAAAAUCCUACCUUGCAGGAAACCAGUCUUAGUGUCCAACUCUCUAACCUUGGAAUCAUGAAAUCUCUGAGGACAAAGCAGCAGAUACAACCUCAAAAUAAAUCUGUCUACAUUGAAUUGGGAUCUGAUUCUUCUGAAGAUACAGUUAAUAAGGCAAAUUAUUGCAGUGUGAGAGACCAGGAAUUGUUGCAAACCACCACUCAAGGAGCCAGGGCUGAAACCAGUGUGGAUUCUGCAAAUAAGGCUGCUUGUGAGUUUUCUGAGAAGGACAUAGCAAAUAUUGAACAUCAUCAAUCCAGUAAUAAAGAUUUGAACAUCAUUGAGAAGCAUGCAACUGAGAGGCAUCCAGAAAAGUAUCAGGGUAUUUCUGUUUCAAACUUGCAUGUGGAGCCAUGUGGCACAAAUACUCGUGCCAGCUCAUUACAGCAUGAGAACAGCAGUUUAUUACUCACUAAAGACAGAAUGAAUGUAGAAAAGGCUGAAUUCUGUAAUAAAAGCAAGCAGCCUGGUUUAGCAAGGAGCCAACAGAGCAGAUGGGCUAAAAGUAAGGAAACCUGUAACGAUAGGCAAACUCUCAGCACAGAGAAAAAGGUAGAUCUGAAUGUUGAUCCCCUAUAUGAGAAAAAAGAACCAAGUAAGCAGAAACCUCCAUGCUCUGAGAAUUCUAGAGAUACCCAAGAUGUUCCUUGGAUAACACUAAAUAGCAGCAUUCGGAAAGUUAAUGAGUGGUUUUCCAGAAGUGACGAAAUGUUAACUUCUGACGACUCACAUGAUGGGGGUUCUGAGUCAAAUGCUAAAGUAGCUGGUGUAUUAGAAAUUCCAAAUGAAGUAGAUGGAUUUUCUGGUUCUUCAGAGAAAAUAGACUUGUUGGCCACUGACCCGCGUAAUGCUUUAAUUUUUAAACGUGAAAGAAUCUGCUCCAAAGCAGUUGAGAGUAAUAUUGAAGAUAAAAUAUUUGGGAAAACCUAUCGGAGGAAGGCGAGCCUCCCUAACUUGAGCCAUGUAACUGAAAAUCUAAUUAUAGGAGCAUUUGCCACAGAACCACAAAUAACACAAGAGCGUCCCCUCACAAAUAAAUUAAAACGUAAAAGGAGAACUACAUCAUGCCUUCAUCCUGAGGAUUUUAUCAAGAAAGCAGAUUUGGCAGUUGUUCAAAAGACCCCUGAAAAAAUAAAUCAGGGAACUGACCAAAUGGAACAGAAUGAUCAAGUAAUGAAUAUUACUAAUAGUGGCCAAGAGAAUGAAACAAAAGUUGAUUUUGUUCAGAAAGAGAAAAAUGCUAACCCAAUAGAAUCAUUGGAAAAAGAGUCUGCUUUCAGAACUAAAGCUGAACCUAUAAGCAGCAGUAUAAGCAAUAUGGAACUAGAAUUAAAUAUCCACAAUUCAAAAGCACCUACGAAAAACAGGCUGAGGGGGAACUCCUCUACUAAGCAUAUUCAUGCGCUUGAACUAGCAGUAAAUAGAAAUACAAGUCCACCUCAUCACAUUGAAUUACAAAUUGAUAGUUUUACUAGCAGAGAAGAAAUAAAGACAGGAAAUUCCAACCAAAUGCCAGUCAGGCAUGGCAAAAAGCUUCAACUCAUGGAAGAUGCAGAACCUGCAACUGAAGUCAAGAAGAGUAACCAGCCAAAUGAACAAAUAAUUAAGAGAUAUACUAGUGAUGUUUUCCCAGAACCAAAGUUAACAGGCAUAUCUGGUCUUUUUACUAACUGCUCAAGUUCUAGUAAAGUUAAAGAAUUUGUCAAUCCUAACCUUCAGAAAGAAGGAACAGAAGAGAACAUAGAAAUAAUUCAAAGGUCUAAUAAUACCAAAGACCCCAAAGAUGUGCUAAGUGGAGAAAGGGGUUUGCAAACUGAAAGAUCUGCAGAAAGUACCAGUAUUUCAUUGGUACCUGAUACUGAUUAUGGCACUCAGGACAGUAUCUCAUUACUGGAAGCUAACACUUCUGGAAAAGCAAGAAUAGCAUCAAAUCAACAUGUUACUCAGUAUGUGGCAAUCGAAAACCCCAAGGAAUUUAUCCAUGGUCAUCCUAAAGAUACUAGAAAUGACACGGGGGGUUACAAGAAUUCAUUGAGACACGAUGUUAACCACAUUCAGGAGAUAAAUGUAGAAAUGGAAGAAAGUGAACUUGAUACUCAGUAUUUAGAGAAUACAUUCCAAGUUUCAAAGCGUCAGUCAUUUGCUCUGUUUUCAAAUCCAGGAAAUCAAGAAAAGGAAUGUGCAGCUGUCUAUGCUCCCUCUCAAACCUUACAGAAACAAAGCACAGAAGUCAAUCUUGAAUGUGAGCAAAAAGACAAAAAUUGGGGAAAUAAAGAGUCUAAAAUUCCGCAUGUCCAGGCAAUUAAUGCCACUAUGGGCUUCCCUGUGGUUUGUCAGAAAAAUAAGCCAGGUGAUGAUGCCAAAUGUAAUAUUACAGAAGUCUCUAGAAUUUGUCCUUCAUUUCCGUUCAGAGGCAGUGAAACUAAACUUAUUACUGCACAUAAACAUGGAAUUUUACAAAACCCAUAUCAUAUGCCAUCAGUUUCUCCCAUCAGGUCAUCUGUUAACACUAAAUGUAAGAAAAACCUAUUAGGGGAAAAGUUUGAGAAACAUUCAAGGUCACCUGAAAGAGUAGUGGGAUAUAAGAGAAUCAUUCAAAGUGCAGUGAGCACAAUUAGCCAAAAUAACAUUAGAGAAAGUGCUUUUAAAGAAGCCAACUCAGGCAGUAUUAAUGAAGUAGGCGCUAGUACUAAUGAAGUAGGUUCCAGUGGUGAAAACAUUCAAACAGAACUAGGUAGAAACAGAGGACCCAAAUUAAAUGCUGUGCUUAGAUUAGGUCUUAUGCAACCUGAAGCCUAUAAACAAAAUCUUUCUCUAAUUAAUUGUAAAUACCCUGAAAUAAAAAGACAAGGAGAAGAUAAAGUAGUUCAAGUUGUUAAUACAGAUUUCUCUCCAUGUCUAAUUUCAGAUAAUUUAGAACAACCUAUGAGAAUUAGUCCUGUCACUCAGGUUUGUUCUGAGACUCCAGAUGACCUGUUAGAUGAUGAUGAUGAUGAAAUAAAGGAAAAUACCAGCUUUACUGAAGGUGGCAUUAAGGAAAAAUCUGCUGUUUUUAGUAAGAAUGUCCAGAGGGGAGAAUUUAGCAGGAACCCAAGCCCUUUAGCCCAUACAUCUUUGGCUCAGAGUCACCAAAAGGGGGCCAGGAAAUUAGAGUCCUCAGAAGAGAACACCUGUAGUGAGGAUGAAGAACUUCCCUCCUUCCAACACUUACUAUUUGGUAAAGUAACCAAAACACCUCAGUCUACCAAACACAGCACUGUUGUGACAGACUGUCUGUCUAAGAAAACAGAGGAGAACCUGGUAUCAUUUAGGACUGGUGUAAAUGACUGCAAUAAUGAGGUGAUACUGGAAAAGGCCUCCCAGGAACAUCACUUUAGUGAGGAAGCGAAAUACUCUGGUAGCUUGUUUUCUUCCCAGUGCAGUGUAUUAGAAGACUUGACAACAAAUACAAACUCCCAGGACCCCUUCUUGAUGUUUGAUCCUCUGAAACAUCAGUCUGAAAACCAGGAAGUUGUGCUGAGUGACAACAAAUUGGUUUCAAAUGAUGAAGAAAGGGAAACUGGCCUAGAAGAAGAUAAUCACCAAGAAGAGCAGAGUGUGGAUUCAGACUUAGGUGAAGCAGCAUCUGGCUAUGAAAGUGAAACAGUCCUCUCUGAAGAUUGCUCAGGGGUGUCCUCGCAGAGUGAUAUUUUAACCACUCAGCAGAGGGAUACCAUGCAAGAUAACCUGAUAAAGCUCCAACAGGAAAUGGCUCAACUGGAAGCAGUGCUAGAACAGCAUGGGAGUCAGUCUUCUGACAACUCCCCUUCCCUCGUAGCUGACUCUUGUGCCCCUGAGGACCUGCCAGAUCUGGAACAAAACCUAUCAGGUGAAGUGUUAACGUCACAGAAAAGUAAUGAAUAUCCUGUAAGUCUGAAUCCUAAAAAGCUUUCUCCUGACAAGUUCUGGGUAUCUCCAAAUAGAUCCAUUAGUAAAAACAAAGAAUUGGAAAUAAAAAGGUCUUCCCCCACUUCUAAAUCCCAGUUGGUAGAUAAUAGGUGGUCUGUACAUAGUCACACUACGAGUCUUCAAAACAGAAACUCUCCCUCUCAAGAGGAUCUCAUUAAGAUUGUUGAUGUGGAAGAGCAAGAACUGAAAAAGUCUGAGCCACCUGAUUUAAUGGAACAGUCUUACUUGCCAAAGCAAGAUCUAGAGGGAACCCCUUACCUGGAAUCUGGAAUCAGCCUCUUCUCUAAGGACCCUGAUUCUGAUCCCCCUGAAGACAAAGCCCCAGAGGCAGUUCAUGUUUGCAAUGUACCAGCUUCAACCUCUGCAUUGAAAUUAUCCCAGUUUCAAGUUGGACAAUCUGCCAACAGUCCAGCUGUUGCUCACACUACUAGUACUGCUGGGUAUAAUGCACGGGAAGAAAGUAUGAGCAGGGAGAAGCCAGAAUUCACAUCUCCAACAGAAAGGACCAAGCAGAGAAUAUCCAUGGUGGUAUCGGGCUUGACCCCCAAAGAACUUAUGCUUGUACACAAGUUUGCCAAAAAACACCAUAUCAAUUUAAGUAAUCUAAUUACUGAAGAGACUACUCACGUCGUUAUGAAAACAGAUGCUGAGUUUGUGUGUGAACGGACACUGAAAUAUUUUCUCGGAAUUGCAGGAGGAAAAUGGGUAGUUAGCUAUUUCUGGGUGACCCAGUCUAUUAAAGAAAGAAAGAUCCUAGAUGAGCAUGAUUUUGAAGUCAGAGGAGAUGUAGUCAAUGGAAGAAACCACCAAGGUCCAAAGCGAGCAAGAGAAUCCCAGGGCAGAAAGAUCUUCAGGGGCCUAAAAAUCUGUUGCUAUGGGCCUUUUACCAACAUGCCCACAGAUCAACUGGAAUGGAUGGUGCAACUGUGUGGAGCUUCUGUGGUAAAGGAAAUUUCGUCACUCACCCUUGACACAGGUGCUCAGCCAGUUGUGGUUAUACAACCAGAUGCCUGGACAGAAGACAAUGGCUUCCAUGCAAUUGAACAGAUGGGUAAGGCACCUGUGGUGACCAGAGAGUGGGUGUUGGACAGUGUAGCCCUCUACCAAUGCCAGGAGCUGGACACCUACCUGAUACCACAGAUCUCACCCAGCCACUGCUGACUGCAGCCAACCAUGUGUCUAGAACCACAGGACCUCAAAGAUGAGCUUAAGAAAUGGCCUUUCCAGGGGCUGGGGAUGUGGCUCAAGCGGUAGCGCGCUCGCCUGGCAUGCGUGCGCCCCGGGUUCGAUCCUCAGCACCACAUACAAACAAAGAUGUUGUGUCAGCCGAGAACUAAAAAAUAAAUAUUAAAAAAAAAAAAAAAUUCUCUCUCUCUCUCUCUCU